AUGGGAUUUUGGACAAAAGUUAAGAAAGAACUUGUAGCAAAUGAAAUAAUUGAUCCAAAGGAGCUUCAUAGACAACUUAGUGAUAGUGAUUCAAGUAAGUCACUGGUGCAAGAAAAUGAAAAAACUGACGGGAUCAAUGUUAAUACUGAACCAAUAGAAAUAGGUGAUACUCCUUAUAUUGAUUUAUCUAUCCCACCAGAAGUUAUUGCAGAAAGGGAAAAGUCAAGGUUAUUCCGAAUUAAAAGAUUUUUUUGGGAUGGUGCUGAUAAACACCCAAAGGAACAAGCAUAUUUGAUGAAACUUGAUUUUUUCUUGAUUAGUUCUUCAAUGUUGGGAUACUUCAUUAAGAAUUUAAAUCAAUCAAAUAUCUCAACUGCUUAUGUUAAUGGGAUGGCUGAUCUUUUACCAAACAAUCAAUAUCAAAAAAUGGUUACUUUAUUCACGGUGGGUUAUAUUCUUGGACAAAUUCCGGGAAAUUUAUUACUUCAUAGAGUUCUGGCUCGUUAUUUUUUAGGUGGUUUAGAAUUAAGUUGGUCAAUUUUAACGAUUUUAAUGAUUAUACCAAAUUCAGUUAAUGGCUGGUAUCCACUUCGGUUUUUCAUUGGUCUAUUGGAAGCAGCAUAUUUCCCUUCAAUGGAAUAUUUACUAGGAAGUAAUUAUGCUGGUCCUGAAUUAAGUACUAGAGCUUGUUAUUUUGCAAUUGCUAGUGGUAUUGCAAGUUUAAUUUCUGGUCCUUUACAAGAAGGUAUUUUACGUGGUUUCAAAGAUAGUAAAAUGGAACCUUUUAAAUGGUUAUUUGUUUUCGAUGGAGUAAUUUCAUUCCCAAUUGCAAUUUAUACUAUGUUUGUUGAUCCAAACACUCCUAGUACAACUGAUGCUUUUUAUUUUAAUGCUCAAGAUAAAUUAGUUGGUUUAGAAAGAAGAAGAAGAAUAAAAGCUCAAUUAAGAUCAAGAGAAAAGUAUACUUGGCCCAAGAUUAAAUCAUUUUUCAAUACCUGGCAUAUUUAUGUUUUCCCAUUAUUAUUUUUAGCUUAUAACAAUAGUUGUGCUGCUAAUUCUCAACCAACUUUCACUACUUGGAUGAAAACUGAUUUAAAUUUAAGUUCUUAUAGAUAUAAUACUUAUCCUUCUCUUUUAAUUGGUAUUGGAAUGAUUUUAACUUUGGUUUUUGCUUAUUAUAAUAAUUAUGUUGGUGGACGUCAAAAUCAUGUUUUCGUUUUAUUAUUUUUCAUCCCAGUAAUUAUUGGUUGUGCUAGUUUAGCUCAUUGGAAUAUUCCAAUUGGUUGGCAUUGGUUAUGUUACUUUAUAGUCGGUGCUCCCACAAUGUGGGGUCAACCGAUGAUUUUCUCCUGGAUCAAUCGUUUACUUUUUGAAAAUGAUAUGAAACGUAAUUUUGUUGUUGUUAUAACUAAUAAUUUAGCUUAUGUCACUGGCGCUUGGGUUCCUUUAUUAGUUUGGAAUACUAAUGAUGCUCCUCAAUAUCAUAUUGGUUUUAGUUAUACUGCAACUUUAUCAUCAUUUGGGUUAAUAAUGACAAUUAUAGCUACUUACUUAACUCUUAGAGAUCAAAAACAAGGAAACGUUAAGGAUGGGAACGAACAGGUAGAACAAUCAAGCGACGUUGAAAGCCAGGACAGUAUCACUGAUGUUCAACACUCGAUUAAGGGAGGUAAAUCUUAAGUACAUAGAUGUUUAUCAAUUAUAUUUAUUAGUAAUACAUAUAUACAAUGCAAG